GAUAAUACUGUACGUUCUAUACAUAUAUAUACACGUACAAGUAAUCAAUAACUGCUGUAGCUGCUCCAUAGUUCAGAUGGCAGCGCGGCAUAGCACAGUAACAUGCAUUGAACCCGAAAUGAAGCCAAAAUAGAGGAACUAAAAAUUGCACAUUGACAAUGCGUAACCCUGUAGAUACAAGUGAGCAUAGUUUAUCGCAACAAAAAUGUGAGUGAAAUAUUCGAGAGGCAAUAAUCGACUAGUAAUAAGAACAAUCACUUAUUUUCGUGAUAAUAACAUCGACAAUGGUGUUACGAACGUGCAGCUUUAAAUAAUAUACAUAUAUAUUGAUUACAAUAUUAAGUACAAUAUCUAAAUCAAGAAGGUUCUUUAAUCAAUUGAUAAAGAUUAAGGAAAAAUUGAAGGAAAUGGAGCAACAGAAUGAUUGCACGAUUCAGAGAGGACAGCCGUUGCGUCGCUAUCCAAAUGACUACAAAGCGGAAGGACACUCCACAUUAAGUAAAACAAUGGCGAAUCAACCGCAGUACUCGAAUACGGGAAGACCUACGAUACGCAUAGCCGUGUAUCUGAUGACAGGGGUAUUCCUGACGAUGGAGGUCGAACAAAACGCGACUGUCCAGCAGAUCUUCACGAUAGUGCAGUCGGAAGCGGAGCUGGGUCUGUCGAGAUUCUCUUUGUCGGCCGCUACACCAGUUUUCGCACUGUGGCUGUGUUCCGCGCAGCUGGAGGUUCAGUUACGUCCAACGCACAUGCCCGUGGAAUUGGCUGCGAAAUGGAAUUACCUCGUAAACAAGUACAGCUCUCACACGGAAGAUUCCGACGACGAGGAGCCGUUGCUAUAUUUUCGUAGAAACAUAUUUCUCCCCAGGUCGGAGGAAGAGCAGAUCAAGGAUAUCAAGGUCCUUGAGCUGCUCUAUGCGGAAGCCAAGUACAAUGUCCUGCAAGGACGGUACGCGUGCGAUGGUCCUGCACGUUACGCCAGUUUAGGAGCGUUACAAGCCCGAAUCGAGCUCGGCCCGUAUAACGCGCAGACCCACACCUUGGCGUUUUUCCAUAGACAUCGCGGCCGCUUUUUACCGCAUCACUACGCCUCCCCGAGCCUCCUACUAGGACUGGGACUCGGACUGGGACUGGUGGGUGGCAAGGGUGCACCCGAGGCGCAUCUUUUGGAGCAAUACAAGCGAAUACCUAGUCACAACGGUACCGCCAACGCAAAUCCCAAGAAACUGAUCAGGAAGUAUCUCGAGUUUUGUUGGAAUCUACCGUGUUACGGCGCGGCCUUCUUUCAAGGUCAAAUCGAGCGACCCGUCAGAGGACUCGCGUCGUGGAUCACUAAUCGCGACAUGCAGGUCCUCGUCGCGAUCAACACGUCGGGGGUGUACAUAGUCGACGACAUGCAGUGCAGCUUGCUAUUAGGGCUAAAAUACUCGGAAUUAAGCUGGGAAAUGGCGAAACCGUCGGACGAGAAUAAUCCGGAUUGUCUACCUUGCUUGUUCCUGCAAUUUCCGGUACGAGAGAACGGAGCGCGUGUCUACAAGAUUCUGCAAGUGUUCUCGAGACAGGCACCAAUGAUGGAUACUUUAAUAUCCGGCUUUGCGGAGGACUAUCGCAAUCAAUUUCUUAAUAGUGACAGCAACAACGACCAAUCUGAUCAUCCGCUGGUUUUCCCCAGUGGAAGCUUCACAAAUAAACUUAGUAAAUUUACACUCGCCACUUUCGACGACGAAGGUCGAUGUAUCGGUCAAAUGGGCUCGUGGUCCUUUCGAUAAAGUACAUUGUGAUUGUACAUUUUGUGAUGCCAAUAUACUCUCUAAUAAUACAAAA